AAAUUAUAACCGUAAAAGUGUACAGAUAAAAUCCAGGUUCAGUGUUGGCUACGCGAGGCAAUAUAACCUAGAAUACUUUAUCAACGUGGAUCGUGCAAAUUCAAAGUUAUUACACGUAAUCAAACAAGAGAUGGAACGCCGAGAGGAUAUAGUUGGGGUAAAAAAAGAAUCCAACGAUCCUUGUUCAGAUGCAGGUGAAGAUAUUUUUGAUGCUUGCGAAGACAAAAACCAUGAAGCAUUCCCGUUUUAUAAAUCAUCAGGCAAUCACAUGAGAGAGGCUAUGGUAUGGCCCGAAAAGUUGAAUGAAAAAAUAUUUAUUGACUUCGAGUGCAAAUAUGUUGAACCUAAAUUGAAGUCUCUAUCAACAACAAUGUGCAAAACUAAGUAUCAAAGUUGCUUACCUAUUGUGAAAAUAGAAAAGCAAACAGAGAAAAAUUACUCAAACGAAAAACGGCUAGUAAUUUUAAUAAAAAAAGAAUUCAAUUACGAUAGUAAUUGCCAGUUUCAAAGACAGUUUCAGGAUGAUUAUAUAUUUGAAAAAAUAACUCGAAAAAAAAUGUCACAUGAGUUUAAUUUGUGUCGGAAAAAUAUUAUUGGAGGAGCGAGUCUAAAAACACAUGUUAAUAAAACGUAUAAGAGCAUUAGACCAUUUAAAUGUGAGAUUUGUCACAAAUCAUAUAGGAGCAAGGGUGACCUUAAUAGACACGUCAAUGUGGUACAUGAUCGCAUCAAACGCUUCGAAUGUGAAUUUUGUCACAAAUCAUUUGGACAUAAAAGUGACCUGGAAAAGCAUAUCAAUACAGUACAUAAUCGUCUUAAACCUUUCAAAUGUGACAUCUGUCACAAAUCAUUUGGAGAAAAAGAUUCCAUCUUUUCAAUCAGCACCCGUUAUCGUAUUCCACACCUCGCUAUCAACAUAAAUAAAGGAUUUAUCAUCGAUAAAAAUCUCAGGUUGAAAUAAAGCCAAGCCGAACUUCGUGAUUUGUAUCCUUUGCCCGCACAUAUAUGAAAUAAAGACAUAGCGAUCUCAGCUGGCAUAUUGUGUGCAAGUGUCAGCAAGGCCUAGUGUAGACGCCAUUUAAGCCGUCGAAUUAAACAAACACCGAGGAAGAAAAGUUUUCGAAUUCGAAGAGCGAAGAAAAAAAAAGAAGCAGAUCCAAGUCGUUGGACGACGGGCAUAAUAUGCGCGACAGCGAUGGCUUGCGGGUGUUGCUUCCCAACUUUGGUUUUUAAAUGAAGGACAUUAAUUUGCCGAGAGAGCCCGGCUGCACUAGACCACACGAGAAGUAGCAAUAUAGCGUUCAAAUGUUUCGGCAAUGGACUCAAAAAAAAUGAAGAAUAGAACCUGACGAAAUUACAAGCGACAGGUUUUUCUCUAAGUCUCUCUCCCUUCUUUCUUGCUUUCUCACUUCUUUCAUUCUCUCUUCCUCUGUUUAUUAACGACGUAGGACUUAAUACGAGUUCAAAUACAUCGCGUUGCCUCCAUCGUCGUCAG